GUGCCGGGGCCAGCGGAGCAGGACGAGCUGGCGGCAACUUGCGGCGCUUCCGCCCGCGUUGCGCUCGGCGUGUGCGCGGGGAGCGCUGCGCAAGUGGAAAAGAGGGCGGCGAGAGAAGAGGUUGGGUCAAAGGCGGGGUCGCUUCGCUGGCUCUUGCAGGCUUUGGCCUUGGAGGCUUUGAAGGAGCUUGGCGUCAAGGAGCGAGAAACGGCCGCGCAGAUCCUGGAAGCUAGCAGUGGCUCGAUCCUGGACCCAAGUGCCCCCUUGGUGCUGAGGUGUGUAGAUAGAUGGGUCGGAGAGAUCGUGAGCCACUUUGCACAGGUCAGUGCAGAAGAAGAUCUUCCCAUGCCCAUCCACAUGCCAGCGGACAGGUAUUUGGAUGGCCUGGACGAAGAGACGCGCGCGUCGGUGAUCAAGAGGUACAUCCCCGACGAGCCUUUCGGAGGCACCGCCGUCGUGUCCAAUCCCGCGGAAUGCUUGGAGCUCAUGAAGAAGUGGGAGGAGGUCCCGGAGGAAGGCUUUGUGGGAUCGGCGAGAUCUCAACUUCCCCCAGCGCCUCAUGGAGACGAGGACCAUCGUGGCGGCCAGCCUGGCCAAGGUGCUGGAGCCCAUGGGCUUCGCUCCCGGCAGGCCUGGAUUGGCACGCUGCGUCAAGCAGAUGCAGGCACGGCCGAACUGCUGGUUUCACCACGUGUGGGUGAGGUUGCCGUGGAUGGUGACGCACCGCAAGAAUGA